CUUUAAGGAGGGUGUGAUGAUGAAACCCGGCCAGUUUACAUGUUAUGCGGCCGCGGUGCGAUGUGUUUCUGGCGGCCGACAACUGAUUCCUCAACGUUUCUUAACCUACGUCACAUCCGUAGCAGGGGUCCCUCGAUCGGCGCCAUUUCAUAUUUCAUUCAUUGGUAUUAGGCCCAUUUCGCUUCUCAGGAUUUGCCCACUUGGAUAUAACCAUGGUUAAAAUCUUCGUCGGUAAUCUUGCCUCCAGCACCACAGUGGAGGAGCUAAGGGAUCUGUUUACACAGUAUGGCAAAAUUACAGAAUGUGACAUCGUCAAAAACUUUGGCUUUGUGCACAUGAACAACAUGACCGAGGUCGAGGAGGCCAUUCGGAACCUCCACCACUACGAGCUAAACGGCGAGCGCAUGAACGUGGAGAUGAGCAAAGGACGACCAAAGUCCACCACCAAGCUCCAUGUGAGCAACCUCGGAGAGGGCUCCACCAACGAGGAGCUAAAGGGCAAAUUCGAGGAGUUUGGCUCUGUGGUGGAGUGUGACAUAGUCAAAGACUAUGCUUUUGUGCACAUGGAGCGGAUGGAGGAUGCCAUGGCAGCCAUCGAUAAGCUGGACAACACAGCCUUUAAAGGCAAGCUGAUGAACGUACAGCUGUCCACCAGUCGGCUUCGCACGGCUCCGGGAAUGGGAGAUCAAACCGGCUGCUAUGUCUGCGGGAGACAGGGUCACUGGUCAAAAGAUUGCCCCGACGGUCGGAAUGGUAGCCACAGUGACGACAUGCGGGGCCACAGUGGCCGCCCCCCCCUCCCCAGGGGCCCGCCGGGUUAUGGCAGGGGUGGCUAUGGGAUGACCCCGGGAUCUGAGUACAUGCCUAGCUCUGCGUAUAGCCGUGCUUACAUGGGCGCCAUCCCGCCACCCCCUCGUAGGCUGAGUAGUUACGGGUCUGAGUUAGCCAGCCGGUACGCCAGCGCCGCGGCAGCGGCGGGCCCCUACGCCGAGCGGCCCUCGGCCUACGACCGUGAGCGCUACAGCAGCAGUGUUGAUUACUAUGAGAAAUACAGAGCCCGUCCCCCGUACGGCUCCAGCUAUUUCGAGGAUCGCCGUCUCUCCUACCUUCCCCCUCCCCCACCCCCCUCUUCCUCCCUCUCAAGGAUCUCCUCCAGCAUAGAUCCGUACGAGCGUCGGCCGCUGCCGCCGUCCUCGUACGCCGCCGCCGCCGCCGCCGCCGCCUACUAUUCGCGGGACCGCAGCCCGAUCCGCCGAGUGCCGGUCACCUCGGCGAGCUACGCCUACGAACGCUCUCGGCUGUCCCCCUCGUCCUCCUCCAGAAGCUCCUCGUACGCGGUGGCUCGGGCCAAGGAGCACCACGCGCCGCGCUACGCGCCGUACUAACGCCGCGCCGCCAAGGUGUUUUUGCGGGACUUUUCCUUUGCCAUCAAUUGCCGCCCCGAGUGGCAUGAUUCCAUCGGUCUUUGCGACGCGCCCCGCCCCCCCCCCCCCCCCCCCCCCCCCCCCCCCCAAAACAAAGGAUUCUCGCGCCGUGGGUGGGAAUGAGCAAGGACCGUCUUUCCGAUACCCGCAGAAGAUUAAUCUUGUCAAUCAUCGGGCGAUCCACAGCUUAACAUAAGAAUACAUAUUUUACAGUUUUAAUCUGGAUUUCAAUAUUGAUACUAAAACAUAAACCUUUUUUUGGUUAUUUUUGCAGGCUUUGUUUUGCUGGUUUAAAUUCUUUAGUCAAGUCUCCCUUUUAUAUAAAUGUAUAUACCUAUGUUGCUUAUUCAGGUGAGGCACACUGAUUAAGAAUGUGUAUUUUGUAUAACUUUGGCAAUGGUAAAUUAGAGUAAUGGUGAUUUAUUUUUACUUUUAUCAGCCUUUGGAUCAUCAGCAUUGGAAUUGGGAGACCGGGUGAUCAUAGGUAGCUGAGUGGAAACCCACCUUUUGUGGCCAUUACAAACGUAUAUCUAUAUUUUAAUUUGUUUUUACAAAACCCAUUGCAUGAACAUGUUGUUAAGCAAGUUCCUAGCACCCCAGCAAUCUAGGGUCAACAAAUGUUUGUAUGGUACUACAAACUCAAUCUUAUAUACACAGAAAUGAUGCCUAACAACUGUACCAGCACUUGGGUCAUGAUCCCAGAAGUUAUCUAUUUCCAAACAAAGCCUUCCAGCCUUUGUUCCAGGGGAGACGUUACUUUUGAGGUUGUGUAACCAUCAGCCUAACGUAAGCUGCUUGGUCAGUGGUCAAUUUGUCUUAAUUGAGCACGCUUUAUUCGACAAUAUUUUCAACUGUGUCCUCAACUAAUUGCUCUAUUUACAAAUUCACACAGAUUAACGUUAUAGUAGAACACGUAUGUGGCAAAAAAUUGCCACAUAAGUGGCCAAAAAAUUACAUUUAAUUGACAUAAAAUUGAUGAUACAAUAAAGUUCAUGAAUAGCUAACUAAACAUGCAAUAUCAACAGUAAAUAAGAGAGUAGGGUAGAUCUCAGGGCUUGGGCUGUUGGUCGUUAGGCACACUUUGUUUGGGUUGCCUUUGUUAGUAGUUUCAAGUCUGUGGAAAUAAAGUUUGUAUUUUUCAUACCGGCUGUAAGAGUUGCAGCAUACAGUAUAUGUCUGAAAUGGUUUUUAAUAAAACCAAAGUUAGUUUGGUGACACACUGA